GGGACGCGCGCGCGCGCCCCCCGCCGGUGCGGGAUGCCGCCAGCCAGGUGGUGGGCGGCGCUGGUCCUGGCGGCCCCUGCCCUGGGAGGGGACGGGGUGCCCCCCGACGCCCCGCCGGACUCCUGGGAGCAGCUGUGGUUCUUCCGCUUCCUGGUGAACGCCGCCGGCUACGCCAGCCUCAUGGUGCCCGGCUACCUGCUCAUCCAGUAUUUCAAGCGCAGGAACUACCUGGAGACAGGCCGGGGCCUCUGCUUCCCCUUGGUGCGCACCUGCGUGUUCGGCAACGAGCCCAAGGCGGCCGACGAAGGCCCCCCGCCUCCCCGCCUGGACCCUGAGACCUCCUCGCUGCGCCAGGCCUUCAAGCUGAUUUUCUGCGCCGUCGGGCUCCAGGCGUCGUACCUGACGUGGGGCGUCCUGCAGGAGCGGGUGAUGACGCGCAGCUACGGGGCCACGGCCACGGCGGGCGGCGAGCGCUUCACGGACUCGCAGUUCCUGGUGUUCAUGAACCGCAUCCUGGCGCUGACGGUGGCGGGCCUGUGCUGCGGGCUGAGCAAGCAGCCGCGCCACGGGGCGCCCAUGUACCGCUACUCGCUGGCCAGCCUGUCCAACGUGCUCAGCUCCUGGUGCCAGUACGAGGCCCUCAAGUUCGUCAGCUUCCCCACCCAGGUGCUGGCCAAGGCGUCCAAGGUCAUCCCGGUGAUGCUCAUGGGCAGGCUGGUGUCCCGGCGCAGCUACGAGCACUGGGAGUACCUGACGGCCCUGCUCAUCUCGGUCGGGGUCAGCAUGUUCCUGCUGUCCAGCGGGCCCGAGCCCCGCCGCUCGCCGGCCACCACGCUGGCCGGCCUGCUGCUCCUGGCCGGCUACGUGGCCUGCGACAGCUUCACCUCCAACUGGCAGGACGCCCUGUUCGCCUACAGGAUGUCGGCGGUGCAGAUGAUGUUCGGCGUCAACCUCUUCUCCUGCCUGCUGACCGUGGGGUCCCUGGCGCAGCAGGGGGCCCUCCUGGAGGCGGCCCGCUUCAUGGGGCGCCACGGGGACUUCGCCGCCCACGCCCUGCUGCUGUCCGCGUGCUCCGCCUGCGGCCAGCUCUUCAUCUUCUACACCAUCGCCCAGUUCGGGGCGGCCGUCUUCACCAUCAUCAUGACGCUGCGCCAGGCCCUGGCCAUCCUGCUGUCGUGCCUGCUCUACGGCCACGCCGUCACCGUGCUGGGGGGCCUCGGGGUGGCCAUGGUCUUCGCCGCCCUGCUCCUCCGCGUCUACGCCCGCGGGCGGCUCAAGCACCGGGCUAAGGCCGCGGCAGCGCCCGGCGAGGCCCCCGUGCAGAAGGUGUGAGGGGACGGACGGACAUCUCUCCGCUGACCGUGGAGGGGGGAGAACCCCGAUAGCCCCCCUCCCCACCUUGCCUUAAUCGUCGGUCCUCGGUUUCAAGCCGGCCGGCUGUGGGCUCCCGGUCCGGUCCCGGUAGCCUGCUGGGAGGGGGCCCCGCCACUCUGGCCGGGGAAAAGAACCGGAUCUGGGUACUUUUCACCAGUGUAACUUUCCGCUCCUAACUUUAUUUUAUUAAAUUAAAAGAUGCUUCCGCAAGACCGGCUGCUCCG